AUGGCUUCCACCAAAUUGUCACCAAACCCGGUUGAAUAUGAAAUCACCGGCGGCUACUGGAACAGCGAAUAUCAAGUCAAACUGAAUGGCACCACCGUCUACCAUGUGGAAAACAAAAGUCCCACGCCAGACAAACCAAAAAUCAUCUUCUUCGCCGGAAAUAGCACAGAUGGCCCGAUCGUGGGAUCUAGCGCGUCCAUCGGCUUUUCAUCCGAUAUCCAAAUCACACUGGGAGAUCCCGGCCUUCCCAAAACAGUGACCACGACCAAGCUCAGCAAGAAAGGUUUCAUGUCAUCGCGCUAUGUCUUUGAGUUGGAAGUUGAUCGUCAGAUGCGGACCUUCUCAUGGAAGGACACCGGCCUCAACGAGAGUUAUGGGCCAACUGGAAGCCAUAAGCUUGUCAACGAAGCAGACGAGAUUAUGGCGGUAUUUUCGCCUGGCGGGGGUCGUGUGAAGCAGGAUGGUGCCUUGUAUCUCCAUGUUGAUUUGGGAGAGUCCUUUGUUUUGAUGACGCUUGUCACUGCACUUGUUCUGCGGGAGAAAGUAAGGCGGUCGGGUCAAGGCCGAGGUGAUACCACAGUUAUACCAUCAACCUACUGA